AAGGGCGCGAGCCACCGACAAACAUUCGUGCGGGAAGCUCGCCAUCGCACAGCAGCCUAGGUUAGAUACAUAAGCAGCAAACUUGUCAAUAUUACAAGUACUUAGACGUCUUCACGAUAUUUCGAGUACCUCUAUACGUAACAUCUCUUUAACUCGUAGCCGGGCUGUAAUCCAAGGAUGUCGUCUCCAAUAGCCAAGAUCGGCAUAAUCUCCAUCGGAGACAUGGGCAUGGGCAUCGCCAAGCUGCUCGUCGCCAAUGGAUUCUCAGUAGCGACCAACGUCAAAGGUCGAAGCAACGACACCCUCGACCGAGCCAAGAGCGCACAGAUCGAGCUCCUCAACUCAGACGAGGCCCUAACCCAGCAAUGCUCCGUAAUCCUAUCCAUCGUGCCCCCCCGCGACGCCGCCGCCACCGCGCAGCGCAUCGUAGACGCCGUCUCGGGACCCCUGCGCCGCGCCGAAGAUAACCCGCUGUACUUCGCGGACUUGAACGCCGUGGCGCCGUCCAGCGUAAAGCGCAUAGCCGCCCUAUUCGACCAGCGGCUCUCCGUGCGCUUCAUCGACGGGUCCAUCCUCGGGCUGCCGCCGGCGCCCAAGAGCACCGAUAGUAGCGCUGAAUGGUCACUUCCCCGGAUCCCAACGUCCGGCCCGCACCAGCUCUCCGAGAUCCCGGGCUUCGGAGCCAAGCUCGCGGCAACGCUGAACACGCGCCACGUCUCGCCCGAGAUCGGCGCCGCGAGCGGGCUGAAAAUGUGCUUCGCAAGCUUCAGCAAGGGCUUCACGUCCAUCGCCAUCCAAUCCUUCACCACGGCGCACCGGCUAGGCGUGCUCUCCGAUCUGCAAGGGGAGCUGCAAGCCGUGCUGCCUCGGCACUACGAGCUAGCGGAGAAAGAGGUAGUAGGCAUGGCGCCGAAGGCGUACCGCUGGGUAACCGAGAUGGAGGAGAUCGCGCAUACGUUAUCCGAAGAAGGCGGGUUCGCGCCAGACUCGUUCCUCGGUGCGGCGAAGGUAUAUCGGACCGUGGCGGACGAUACCGUGUUAGGACAGGAGAAGAUUGGGAAGCGGAAGAGGGGCACGACGGUGGAGGAUGUGGCGGCGGCGGUGGCGGAAGGGUUGCAGACGAAGCGGAAGAAGAACGAUUAAGGGACGUAGGAAGAUACGUCCGAUGGCAUUUACUGAAGGCCAUGCUACAACUUAGAGAGCUAAACGUGCUUACUUGGAUAAUUUAGAGGUACAAUAGGAAAGCCCUGUAAGACCCCCAAUAGAAAUAAGGA